AUGGGGGUUCUUACGCGACUCGGCCUUCGUCGUAGCAGCAUCUGGGAGCCGUACACUAUUCUGGACUAUCUGAUAUCGUCGCCGUUGAUUUACUUGAGCAUAAAGUUCUACUACUUCAUUCUCUUCCUUCGAGCAUGCCCUGUCCAUCCUCCCAAGGAUAAGCCUGCUGUCCGUCUCGUCUGCAUCGCUGACACCCAUAGCCAAACCGUGGCAGUCCCGGAUGGCGAUAUCCUGAUCCACGCAGGAGACAUCACGCAUGCCGGAACGGUUGCCGAGCUCAACACUCAAUUCGACUGGCUCCGUUCCCAACCACAUCCCGUCAAGAUCGUCAUCGCUGGGAAUCAUGACUACUGGUUCGAUCCGGCCAGCCGCCCUGCUGAAGAUGUUACCUCGGGCCAAGUCCCAGACUUGACAGGUCUAAUAUACCUUGAGAAUAGCUCGACCUUGCAGAAAGUCAAGGGGCGCAAGCUUCAUAUUUAUGGUGCCCCGUAUAUGCCAAAGGUUGAUGGCUACAGGUUUGCGUUCGAGUAUACUGAAGCCACACAACCUUGGUUAAAUAAAGUCCCGAUGGAGACGGAUAUCCUCGUCACUCACUGUCCUCCGGUAGAGUACCUGAGUUCUCCAUCUUUGUGUCGCUUGCUGAUCCACAUCCAGCAACACCACCGUGAUCUCUAUCAGGGAUGCCCGAACCUUCUCCUCGAGGUGUGGCGUGUCAAGCCCUUGGUUCAUGUUUUCGGCCAUGCGCACUGGUGUCACGGAACUGAAGCUAUCUUUUUUGACAAUUUUCAGGAGACAUACGAGCGCUUACUCUCUCGUCCCCGUCGCGGACUAAUAAGGGACUUCAUCCCUAGCCAGAAAUGGCUUGAUGUCCUCAUUCUGGUGUUCUACGGUAUCUACGGCGUUUUGUUGUCGUGGCUACGAACCGGUGCUGAUGGUAUUCGGGGUAGUAUGAUGGUCAAUGCCGCACAGGUACAUGGGAAUACCGGCAAGGUUAGAGAUAGAGCCAUUGUAGUGGAAAUCUAG